AUGAGUAUUCCGACCCCACUCACACUCCAGAUGCUGGCAAGACAGUCAUUGCUCAGAAAUGAGGAUGUGGCCAUAUCCUCUCUGGAGGAGAUGCCAAAUGUGCUCUUCCCAGCACUGUUCAAGGAGGCCUUUGAGGGCAGACAAACCAAGCUUGUGAAAGAAACGGUGGCAACUUGGCCAUUGCCCUGUCUCCCUGUGGGUGCAUUGAUGAACACUCAAAGCCUAGAAACCUUUCAAGCUGUGCUAGAUGGAGUAGACAUGCGACUGACAAGAAAGUUUCACCCCAGGAGAACAAAACUACAGGUUCUUGAUUUGAGAAAUGCACACCAUGCCUUCUGGAACAUAUGGGCUGGUGCAGAGGAGAGCAGCUGUUCAGCAGAAAACUGGGAGGAAAAGCAAGUAGUGAAGGUCUUGCCCAGAUAUGCACUGAGGCGGCAGCGAGUGAAGGUCAUAGUUGAAUUGUGCAUCUGGUCCUGCCUUGAUGAAACACAAGCAUAUUUCUUGAAGUGGGCCCAGCAGAGAAAGGGCUCCCUACAUUUCUGUUGUACACAGAUGACAAUCUGGGAGCUGCCACUCAGAGUUCUCAAAGAGAUCUUGAAUGUAUUUAAUCCACAACACAUCACUGAAUUAGAACUGAAUACAGAGUGGAAUCUGUCUGACCUGGCACAUUUUGCUGCCUACUUUGGAAAGAUGAUAAAUCUUCAGAAAGUCUUCCUGGCACCCCUCCACAAGAUGACCCUCUCUAAUAGCACUGAAACAAGAGACAGAGAAACCAAGUGUAUCAAGAAGUUUAUAUCUCAGUUCUCCAAAUUCAAUUGCCUCCAGCAUCUCUGCAUGUUCUGCGUCCAUUUUCUUAGAGAUCACAUGAAUCAAGUCCUAGGGUGCCUGAUGACUCCCUUGGAGACUCUUUCAAUCACAUACUACCUAAUUUCACAGAAAGACUUGGAUUCCCUAUCCCGCAGUCAAAGCCUUUUUCAGCUCAAACAUCUGGAUUUGAGAGGAGUGGUCUUAUGUGAUCUGGAUAUUAUGCCUCUGAGAGGUCUCCUAGAGAAAGUGGCAGACACUCUUGAGACUCUGGAUUUGCAGUGGUGUAGGAUGACUGACUCCCAACUCUAUGCCCUCCUACCUGCCCUCAGACAUUGCUGUCAGCUCACCAUGGUCAACUUCUACAGCAAUAACUUCUCCAUGCACAUUCUCAAGGACCUUUUGCAGCACACAAUCAACUGGAGCAGGAUCAAUGUGGAACAAUAUCCUGCCCCUCUGGAGUGCUAUGAUGACUCGGCUCAAGUUUCUGUAGAAAGAUUUGCCCUACUUUGUCCUGAGCUCAUGGACACACUCAGGGCAAUAAGGCAGCCCAAGAGCAUCUCCUUUGCUACAGAUACCUGCCAAAGAUGUGGUGAGUGCUGUGUCUAUCACAAUGGGUCCAGACUUUGUUGUUGCUGGCAGUAA